UUACAAUCGAUAUAACUCGAUCGAUUUUUUGAUGGUUCUCGUUUAUUCUUUGUUAUUUAUUUAUUUGUUUGUUUGUUUGUUUAUUUAUUUUUUUAUCUUAAUCAUGCGUGUUUCUGUUUGUAAUGCGACGUGGAUUAUAUUAUUUACGUGGAUACGUUUAUUUUACUACAUGCAUAUUUAUAAUAUGAAAGGGAGAGAAUAUUGUGAUAGUCCCGUUUAAAAUAUGUGAGACAAUGCGAGAAAAAAUGUAACCGUCGUCGCCUGUUUUAUAUCUCAUAAACAAACGGGAUAUCUUUAUAAACUAGUCCAAUGGAAAUUGUUUUACUUUGAUCGGAGAAUAUCUAUGAAAAAUAUCGUUACUUUAAAUAUUCGUUAGUUCGCGACGGUCCCUCGAUAAUAAAUUUAUAAUUGAUCACGUUACUUUACUGACUGAUAUCAUGAUAUAUAUCAACUUGUUUAUUUAAUAAAUUUAUAUGCUUGAGACUCUUUGAAAACGUUAAAGAUCGUGAAGAAAUGUCGAAGUAUCAUUGAAAACACGAUAUACGAUUGAAUGGAUCGUUGCACUCGACGGAAGGAGAGUAUCGUAUUACCUUUUGUAAGACUUUCGUCGAAACAGUAAUUCCAAAAUUUAUUACCUUUUCGAGAUGUUUGAAAUGAAAAUAGAUUUUCUUCUCUGACAUUUAAAUAUUCACGUAUGUGUAUAGGUAGAACUCGCAGACCGAACGUGAAGAUUAUUUUUUUCUAACGUCGUUUGCUUUAUAUUUUUUUAUAUAACUGUCAAUAAAGUUUUACGAUAAUAACGACGAGAAGAAUAUUUUAGAAAAGAUGGGAUUCCUUGUUAAAAAUGGAAUUUUGAAAACUCUUAUUUUAUCCUUCGUUCUAUGGAUAUCGAUCAACGUGAAUAUUUUCAAUUUUCUUUGACACUUCAAACCGAGCCACAUAGGUACUUACUCAUAAAUCGCAUUUGAAAAAAGAGAGAGAGAGAGAGAGAGAGAGAGAGAGAGAGUAAGAGAGACAAUCGAUCCUAAGAAACAACCAGGCGUGAGUUUCAAUUAACUUCGACCUAUUUCCCUUAGAAACUAAAAGCAGCGCGACACAAUGUUAUGACUCGCUUUGGCGCCACUCGCACACAUCUUCUAAUAGAUUAUAAUAUAAAUGUGAGAAAAGGAAAUCUUAUAUUGCGUAUGCAUUAUCAUUGUAUUCGUAUGUGUAUUUUUCUUAGGCGUUUCGUAUUUUCGCACAAAGAAAAUCAUAGUGCGCGAUAAUCGUUAAGUUACUUAUUACGUACCUAUCUAUAUUUAAAAUAAAAUUGAUUUAUUUUUUGUUGAAUGGAAAUUAAUUAAACAUGGAUGAUAAUUACGUUAAUCCGUUAGAUUAUAAUACUAUCGUCGUUUCUUUAAUUAUUGUCAUUACCUUUACUUACCUAGCAUGACGUUGACUUUCUUGUUAGGCAAAUUAGGGCGUUAAAUACAUCGUAUAACUCGUAUAUGCAUUGAUAAUGAUAAUACCAUAGAGAUACGUGAGAGAAUGUGAUUUAGUCCAUUCAUAGAAAGUACGCCUGCUGUACUCAUUUCUCUGGCAACCUCUGACCUUGUGGGUCCCGGAUGCCCUGCCAACUCCUUAUCGCUUGCUUUCAGUCUUUUUUAAGCUCAUCGGUCGUCGUUGAACGAGAACGAAAUACGAGUAAAAGCGCUGGCGAGAUCGGCACUCAGCAGCAACAGCAGCAUCAGCAUCAACAUCAGCAUCAACAUCAUCAUCCGCAUCAGCAACAACAACAACAACAACAACAACAACAGCAGCAACAACAGCAGCAGCAACAACAGCAACAGCAACAACAAUACGGCGAAGUGAACCAAUUGGGUGGAGUGUUUGUGAAUGGCAGACCACUACCAAACGCAGUACGUUUGAGAAUAGUCGAGUUAGCUCAAUUGGGUAUCAGACCCUGCGACAUUUCGCGACAACUCCGAGUCAGCCAUGGAUGCGUCAGUAAAAUACUCGCACGUUACCACGAAACUGGAAGUAUAUUGCCUGGUGCGAUCGGUGGAAGCAAACCACGUGUCACCACACCAAAAGUCGUGCAAUAUAUAAAACAACUUAAACUUAAGGACCCUGGUAUAUUCGCUUGGGAGAUAAGAGACCGUCUGCUGUCCGACGGUGUCUGCGACAAGUACAACGUGCCAUCGGUUUCGAGCAUAUCAAGGAUACUACGGAAUAAGGUUGGGACUAGCACGACGAUGCAUCAUCAUCCGCAUCAUCCAGCCCAUCAUCAUCAUCAUCUUUAUGCAGCCGCAGCGGCUGCCGCUGGUGCAGCACUGUGUCCUGUUCCGUAUCCACCAGCACCAUAUCAUCCGACGCCCUCGCCAACCCAUCAUCAUCAUCAUCAUCAUCAAGUUGGUACGUCAACGGCGAUCAAGCUGUCCACGUCAUCGUCAGCAUCCUUGAUAUACACCAGUGGUGAGAUCCAAGCGAUAGCAGCAACAACCGCAACACUGACGGCACUAUCAACAACAGUAACAACAGUGACGACAACUACGACGACGACGACAACGACGACAGCAACAAUGGCGGUCGCAGCAGCUGCAGCAGCAACAGCUGGUAUUCUUCAAUGGCCGAGUCCUCACACUGUCCAGGAUAUUUUAUCGAUUGGCGUCACUGCGAAUGGCACACCAAGUACCACCUUCUCCUUGCCUGAUUCACCCGCUUGCACGAGCUUCCUUCUCAACAAUAACAAUAACAGUCACAUCACCAACAACAACGUUAGCUACCACGAUCUUUCCCACCGUCAUCAUCAUCAUCAUCAUCAUCAGCAGCAGCAGCAGCAGCAACAGCAACAGCAACACGAUCAAUUGCAUCAUCGGCAGAAUAACGACAGUACCUCAGGGAGCAAUAACAGCAACAAUAACAGUAAUAAUAAUAAUAACGACGACAGCAAUAACGGUAGUAGUAAUGCCAGUUGCGAUAGUCUCGGCAAUAAUAACAGAGAAACGACACCAAGUGGGUACCAAAGUCUCCCUUAUCAAGCUCAUCAUCAUCAUCAUCAUUAUCAUCACCAUCAUCAUCAACAACAGCAGUAUUAUGCUUCCGCGCUCUAUCACCAUCAUCAUCAUCAUCAUCAUCAUCCAGAUAGCGUGAGACCGCUCGCGGCCGGCUCGCCCGUUCUCUCGCCGGUUCUUUCGGUUCAACCAAUAAUGAUGCAACUAUCGAGUAGUCAACCUGCCAGCCCGUGUAAUUAACGGUCGAUAGACAUUUUCUCGGUAUGUGUUCAUCGUUAUUCAAUGAUCGUUAUUCAACUCAAAUCAAUAAUGAGCUGUGUGAAUUGAAAAAGACUUUGUAGAAAGAAACAGUGCCUUUCGUAGAUUCGAUUCGAUGAUACGUAAUCGACAAACCCAAUUUGAAAGUAGGUACUCUAAUCGCCAAUAUCCUAAAUACCAAAGACUAUCUCUAGGUAUCUCUUUUCUUCAUUCUCUAUUUUUCUUUACUACGCGUUUCGCGUUCUAACUUUCUAUCGAAAAUUACCAAUGAAAUGAUUAUUAAGUAGAUAGAUACGUGUUUGCGUAGACGAACGAAGUGAUAUUUCAGUGAAGUGCACUAAAUAUUUACACGUAGAUAUGCGAAGGAGACUAUGAAAAACUAUGAUAUCGCAGAUCAAUUUUUUUAUUAUUCCAAAUGGUAGCUACGAUGACGAUGAAGAUUUUUGAAAAAAAUAUUAUACGUGAUCUGGUGAAAGUGUCGGUUGGUUAUUUGUCAUUACAAAUGGAGAAUCUUUUUUGUCCAUGGAUUAUUUUUGAAAAAAACCUACGUCACAUCAUUUUUAUCGUACUAUAUCAUUGGUAGCCGUUGAUAAAAUUUUUAUGAAAUUCAAUGGCCGGUACGUUAUGUGAUUGCUCGUUAUACAAGAUCUUUAAUAUUUGUUUCUAACAAACGUUAAGAGAUAAUUGUCGUACAUACGAGACUCUAUUUAUAUACAUAUUACAAAUAUGUAUACUUAUUGAAAAGGUAAGAAAAGAAAUCGUGUUUAAACAUAAUACAUCAUUUCUUAAUUGGUGCCAAAAAAGGGUAAUACGUUUGAAAUCAAAAUGAAUUGAUGAUGAAUGAAUUGGUUUUUUUUUAGUAAAGAAAACCUAACGUGCCUUUAUAUCAUAAUUACACUUAAUUACACGUUUCUUCUCGUUUAGUUUAGAAACGUAUCUAUAGAUAAAACAACGAUCUUUGAGAAAGUAUUAACUUCGUGUCUUUUACGACCAAUCAUAUCACGUCGUGCGUACUUAACACACGUAUUACCAGUAUUCAACAUGUUUGAGUUGAUGAUUAAUACCAAAAAUCAGUACGCGAUAUAACGUGUUAUUUUAAUAAAUAUAUGAUGUUUAAUUAUUACGAAGAGCUUCGUGUCUCUUUUGUUCGAUUUAAAUAUAUAUGUAUAUAUACAUAUAUAUAUCGUUUUAUCCUCUUCGUACGUACGUACGUAUGUAUGUGUGUAUGUAUGUAUGUACCUAUGAACGCAUAUACGUCAUAUAAUCGUAAAAAGCAAAUUUGGAUAUUUCGAGGAAGAAAUACGCCAUGCAUAGAAUUUAACGCGUAAUAAUUCUGUAACUCUACGAGCCGACGAAAAGGAGUUAACCCUUCGUAUAAAGAUUAUAAAAGCAGACGCUCCUACUUCGUCCAAUCAGAAGCGAUCGAGCGUGAAAUCCCACCUCUUCGACGAUGUUGAACACCCACUCUCGGCGGUCCUAGCUUGGAAGGCCGCAAACAGAGUAGCCAAUCACGGUUCAUCUCUCUAAGCAGGUAAGUAAAUAUGAUGUAUUUUUCUGCGAAUGAAAAGGAAUUGUUAUUAAAUCCUAAACAACUACAAUUAAUAUAUAAUUUCUUUUUAUCGCAUCGAGUGUCAAUAAAAAGAAAGAGAGAGAGAGAGAGAGAGAGAGAGAGAGAGAAAGAGACCAUACCAAUAACAGAAUAUUAAUAGAACAAUAUUUAAAUUGGUCGCGCAAUCUCCUUUGUAAAAUGAAUCCAUAAUUUUUUACAGAGAUUGAACAUAAAAGCGUAGAAGCAAAAGACGCUUCCGCGUAAAAGGGGGGUCCUUGGUAGAGUCGUUUCUAUGUAUACGUUAUGUUUCUUUUCUUUUUUGGACAUUUAGACACACAUAAUAUAACGAAGGCCAGUCGUUACGGCGUUUGGAAGCCGUCCCUUUGAAAUUCGAACGUUCAUUCCUACUCCGCCCACGGGUAUUCUAUUAUACUAGUUUAAAAGGAGCGACAGGAGCACGAUUGAAGUGGAAACUCGUUAUUACUGCGCGUUCUUCAGAAACCACCAUCGAAGGGUGUCAGCUUUCCCCUCUCGUUCUCAUUAUUUCUUAUCAAAAUGUGAAUGAGAACAAAUUUUCAUUCGAUCCACGGCAGCCAUUUUGAUUGUCUGGCGCGAGUUUUAAACUUGUCGUGCAAUCACCGAAAGAAAGAAGGCAGAGCGGGGACGAGUGGAAAAAACUGAUAACAUAAGUUACAUGUUAAUUUUUCUAGAUAUUUAACGAAUAAGAAAUACUUAAUAGCUAUCGCGAAAGCGCGAUGAAGUACCUACACUCGUUCGUCUUCCCUAUAGGAUCCUUAAAAUACAGGGGCAAUAUCUUCUCCUCGUGAUGUUUCUUCCUACGGUACGACGCCACCGUGAACGCGUUUCGCUCGAUUAGGAGCUGCGCCAUGAUGGAAAUGCAGCUAAUAUAAAUUGGCGAAACUAAGAAGUUUCUCUCUGUCUCCUUCUCUUGCGGUGACGAGCGUUCAGCGAACCUUUAAUUUAUAAUUAGAAUGAAAGUUCUCGAAAACAGAGAAAUAAGAAAAUUUUUUUUUAAUACCGGCAAGUUCAUUCUUUAACCUAAAUAGUCAUUAAAUAUUUAUAUAUAUAUAUAAAAAUAAAUAAAUAUAUAUAUAUUAAAUUAGCGAAUACCAUAAAAUGUUCUUAUAUCAAAUAACUUUUCGAAACACCCUGUAUAUCACUAUUUUGCAUACCAGUCUCGAAGUCAUAAGAGUAAAUAAGAAAGAAAGAGAGAAAGAGAGAGGGAGAGAGAGAGAGAGAGAGAGGCGGAGCACAUAAUUAAGAAAGUCUCAGUACUCCUUCUUUCUUUCUCUCUCUCUCUCUCUCUCUUUCAAAAGACGACGAAGACAUCGCGGUGGUGGCAAAGCGGCCUGCCUCUUUCCCCGUUUUACAUUCGGCGGUACAAAUAGCUCGACGACCCCUGGCCUCGUGUCGGCUCCUCUCAUGUUUCUUCCUCAGAGUGCUUGUCUCUCUUGUCGCGCACGCUUCACGCUUCUGCGCGCCCACACCCUUGCUUGUCUCUCUUUCUUUCUCAUAUACACCCUUUCUUCCUUUCCUUCGUCGUCGACGAUACCGAUACCGAUGCCGACGCCGACACCGACGCCGACGCCGACGCCGACGCCGACGUCGACGUCGACUUUUGAAUCUCUACUUCCUUUUCUUUUCCCUUUUCUCGAAGAACUGCCUGGCGGAGACACAUUAGCCGUAUUCCGAGUUUGCAUGGCGGAACGCCUCCUUCUCCUCCUCCUCCACCUCCACCUCUUUCUUCUUCUUCUCCUUCUCCUCCUCCUCUUUUUCUUCUUCUUCUUUUUCUUCUUCUCAUCCCCUUUUCCCUCUUUCUCGUGCCAUCCCCACCCUCUCUAGCACGGUUAUUAUGAGGAUGGAUAGAGGUUGGAGCCGCCUUCCACGUAUCCGUAGAGACCUAAUGCCAUCGACUUCUAAAUUGUGUAAAUUGCUAAAUGAAUGUGAAACGUUUAACUCCCACCACCUCACCCACCUCCGCCCCCUCGCUUGCUCUCUCCCUCUUUUCUCUCUCUCUCUCUCUCUCUCUCUCACUCUCUGAGAGCAACCCUUCUCUUUUAUUUCCUUUCUUUCAGAGAAAGCGUAACACGAGCAAUCAAAAUACGACGCACUUUUCGGAUGAUAUCCCUGACGUUUUCCUUUGAUCGCCCAAUUGUCGUAUUUUCCAAGCUCUCCUCGAGUCUAUUUUCUUGAUAUAAUAUUUUAUGUGAAUAGGUUUUUUUAAUCUUUUUCGUUGAAAAUAUCGAAUUCCUCGUGACGAAACUUACUUCAAGCAUUCGAGAAUCAGUUAUUUUUCUCUCAAUUUCUUCUUCAUCUUUUUUAUCUUUUUUUUUCCUUCUUUCUUUUCUUUAAUCUUUCUUGUUGAUUAAAUGUUCAGGACGAACGUGCAUAUUGAUUUACGUACACUUAUGUGAAUGCAAAUUAGAAUAUAAAAAUUGUAUCGUUUC